CGGUGGCAGGAAAAGCCUCCCCUCGUGUUUUUGACAGUAAACAGCUGACAGCAGAUGACUGGUGAUAACAGCACUGGGUCUUUCUUAGAACAGAAUAACUACUCUAAGCAUAGAGCAGCCGGACCGCAGGGUAGGAUCCGCCUCAUUCUCACACACCGUCUCUGAACCUGCCGGUGCCCGCCGCAUCAUGGACCCUCAACCCAACCAAGUCAACUCCAGAGGGAGAAACUACCCGAGGCAGAGCGCAGCGGGAGCGUCCGCAGAGGAGCCGCAGGCCCCGCAGGUGGACGGACAAACCCCCGGAGUGGGGAGGGAGCCUGGGGCAGACCGACAGCCACAGUACUCAGGAGCGUUCACCGUCAUUCCGCCCAACCAGACCCGCCGGAGCAAGAACAAAGAAAUGGCUCAGAAGGAAAUGGAGGAUCUGCAGAGAUACAGGGAGGCACACAGGCCCGGUCCGCUGCACCUCGCUCCAGAAAGGCUGGGUGGAGGGGAUGUAACUGUAGCCGAGGCCAGGCAGAGGCAGUUUACCAACCAGAGAAGCUCCAGUCUGCAGAAGAAGCUUAAAAAGGAGGAGAUGGAAAAGAAGAAGAGACAAGAGGAGGAGGAAGAGUGGCAGAAGAUGAAGGCCACACAGAGGGAGAAGGCUGAGCGUCUGGAGCUGAGGAGGCGGCAGGAGGACGAGAGGAGGCGGGAGCGGUUCCACUCGGAUCAGACCAGGAAAAAUGACAGUUUUCUGCAGAGUCUCCAGAGAGAGGCCGCUCCGUCCUGCGGUGCUGCACACACAUCGUCCAUGAACAAAGUGGGCGACCAGGAGACAGAAAAACAGACAAGAAGUAUGGAAGAGCUGCAGCUGGAACACAGGAGGGUGAACCAAGCCUUUCUCGAUAAGCUGGAAUGUAACGCCAGGGGGUCGGAGGUCGAGGCGAACAGCCGCACCGGCCGGGAGGAAGAGCGUCCACGUUUGGCCCCUGACGAUCACAGGCGACACGCCGCAGCCGGACGCGUCAGCCUGACUCACCCGGAGCCCAGUCCAGAGAGCCGCUUCUCCGACUGGACGGAGGAAACUGAUCCGCAGGCCGACCGCGACUGGAACCUGAUGAAGCUGGUGAACAUCUUCCCAGACUGCAGCAGAGACUUCGUCCAGGACAUCCUGACCCAGUGCAAUGGCGACUACGAGCAGGCCUGCGCUCUCCUGGGCAGCAUGCUCUCUUAAAUUUGAUUCGCUUUGGUAAACGAGACGGUAGGACGUUUUAGGACAAGCAGAUUCAUGCGGCGUUCACAUAUAAAAUGCUCCGCUGCCUGCCAUACGCAGCUGUAACAAACGGUACCUACGGGGCCCAGAGCGACUCUGAGGAUCUGCUUCCUAUUAUCCCGUUAAUCUCCGAGUGUUCGGUGUUUUGCAUCUCUCUGGUGAGUCACGCUGGCUUUUUGAGCCCACUCAGAGUCCAUGUUGUUCUUAUAUGAAUUUGGUAAAGGUCGCUGUUUAUGACUCACAAUGUUUAAAUCAUAUUUUGGGCUUCUAAUUUGAUCAAUAUGUAAAAAAAAAAAAAGGUUUAUUUUGUUUGGUUGUUUUUUUUUUUUUUGUUAUUGUUGCUAUCUGAUCAGAUUGUUGUGCCAUGAAUCUUAUCAGAAGACAGUAAAGAAUUGAGGUUUUACGUUGAUGCUCUGAACCUUUAGAGGUUCCUGGUUAAAAAGCAAAAGCAUUAAAUCUUACCAAGUAUUUUCAUCUUAUUUCAUGUGCAAAUAUCUUAGUACACUUGACAUAACUUACUAUAUAUAUAGAGAGAGAGCGAGACAGAGAGAUAGAGAGAGAGAGGAGCUUAUUUUGAGUCAAUAAGUCCUAAAUAUUGAUCAAUAGUAAAAUAAUCUAACGGCAGAUUAUUUCACUUAAAGGAGAAAUGUCUUCUUUAGGUGAAAUAAUUGGCCUAGUACUUUUUCAUUGACUUAAAACAAGUUUCUAUUUCCAGCUGAAAAGUUCCUUGUCAGUUACUUUUAUCUUAUUUCAAGUGUGCUAAGGUGUUUGCAUUAGAAACUGAUUGCUAUGUUUGAGGUUUUUUUUUUUUUUCUGCUUCCUGUGAGUCGGACGGCAGAACCAAUCAGACGACAGUGGCGACAGAGCCCAACGGGUGGUGCUGUCCACACGAGGGGCUGAAAAUCCCCGUCUAAUUUAGCAUGAAGUCAUGUUUACUGCUGAUGUCAUCCGGCAAAUGUCGUUCCUCCAGGGAUCAACAUGAGCCCCGAGCUUUACAGGCUGCAGCCCUGACACCCGCCGCCACCAGAAAAUAGGAAAAAAUCACGGCAAUAAUUUCUGUGUAAACAAUUGUCACUUCUUUUAUGUUAACUUGAUCGCAUCCGACUGCUUUUAAAGAGACCGAUCGGAAUUAUUUCUUGAUUUUGCCGUCAGAGAUUAUCCACUACAAAAGAACUGAGAAGUUUAUGGAACAAAAUGAUUUGAACUCAUUAUUAAUUUUACCCUGGAAUGUUUUUCUUUUUGUUGUUUUUAAAGCUCCACAAGCCAAUAAAUUGUACUGGAAAUAGAUGGGAUGUUACAGAAACAGCAUGACGUGUUGUAAGAAAGUUGUUUUUUUGAAAAUACAUUUUGGAAAACGUCAAAUAAAGGCAAAUGUUUUUACACUGCUCCAA